CUACUGGUAAGAUCACCUCCCCUAGCAGCAGAUAGAGGUUAUGUUGCUGUCUCUUCUGUCUCCCUCUUUCUUCUUUCUGAUAAUGCUUAAGCUCUGACUCCCCUAAUCAGCAACAACAGGUUCCUUUUGCCUGGUUUUAUCUCAGUGAAAUUUUAAGACAAUGUACCCCGGUGGUUACACUGCUGAAAUUACAAGCUUAUCUCCAAAAGCUAGUGAGAAGGAUGUUCGUGACUUUUUCGCUUAUUGUGGCGCAAUUGAGCAUGUCGAAAUUAUAAGAUGUGGGGAAUAUGCAAGUACAGCUUAUGUGACAUUUAAAGAUGCUUAUUCACUGGAAACUGCGGUCUUACUCAGUGGAGCUACAAUUGUUGAUCAGUCUGUGUGCAUAGCAAGGUGGGGUUCAAACAUAGAUGAUGCAUAUCCUUGGGAAGGUUCUUCAUGGAAGGCUCUAGAGGAUACUAGCUCAACGGUUACUCAUAUGGAUCAAUUUGUUUCUACUCCUGGAGAAGCUGUGACUGUUGUAAAAAAAAUGCUAGCCAAGGGCUAUGUCUUGGGCAAAGAUGCCCUUAUCAAGGCCAAAGAACUUGACGAGUCCUAUCAGGUCUCAGCUACUGCAGCAGCCAAGGUUUCUGAGCUUAGCAAUAAAAUUGGCCUAACUGAUAAGAUCAACACUAGCAUGGAAACGGUAAAAUCAGUGGAUGAGAAGUAUCAUGUUUCAGACAUCACUAAAUCUGUUGUAUUAGUUACUGGGACUGCAGCUGUAAUAGCAGCAUCUUUUGCAGGGAGAACUGCUGUAGCAGCUGCCAAUGCUGCAGUCAAUAGCAGCUACUUUGCCAAAGGAGCACUUUGGGUUUCCGGCAUGUUGAGCCGUGCAGCUCAAGCUACAGCUGAUUUGGGUAGCCAUGGAAAUAAAGAAACAGAAACUUAAGUUUCACAUAAUACCCAGUUAGUUGUUUUUCCCAUCCUUUGUUUUUGCAUAAAAAUAAAUGGUCUUCCGUUUCAUAUCAGUCUAGUAUACACAACUGUAUAAUGACUUAAAGUUUAGUCCUGCCCUGAUUUCGGCAGGUUAGAUGGGUGUAAAUGUAGGAUUGAUAAAUGACAUGUUUGACUUUUGUUUGUUUUAUUUUGAUGCAUAACUUCAUGCUUUAA